UGGGCUGCGGGGCCGGGGCCGCGGCCGUGCCAGCGCCGUCCCUGCGCCCUUCCCUGCCGGCAGGGCUGUGCCAGCGCCGGCAGGGAUCGGGAACCCGGCGGAUUUCCCGGCGGCAGCAGGGCGCUCCCAGGAGCUGAUGGAUCUGUGGUAGCUGGCUCUGGAGGGGCUGGAAGGAGCAUGGUUAAACACCAACCCCUGCAGUACUACGAGCCCCAGCUAUGUCUGUCCUGUCUGACCGGGAUCUACGGCUGCCGCUGGAAACGGUACCAGCGGUCACAUGAUGACACCACCAAGUGGGAGCGCCUCUGGUUCCUCAUCCUCACCUCAUCCUUCUUCCUCACCCUGGUCUGGUUUUACUUUUGGUGGGAAGUUCACAAUGACUACAAUGAAAUCAACUGGUUUUUAUAUAACAGAAUGGGAUAUUGGAGUGACUGGUCCAUUCCAAUCCUUGUAACAACUGCUGCUGGCUUUACCUACAUUGCAAUGUUACUGAUCCUGGCACUGUGUCACAUAGCUGUGGGACAGCAGAUGAACCUGCACUGGCUGCACAAGAUUGGCCUGGUGACAACCUUGAUAACUACUGUGGUGACCAUGUCAUCGAUAGCACAGCUUUGGGAUGAUGAGUGGGAGAUGGUAUUUAUUUCACUGCAGGCCACAGCCCCUUUCCUGCACAUAGGAGCCCUGGCAGCUGUCACAGCACUGUCGUGGUUGGUGGCGGGGCAGUUUGCACGGACAGAGAAAGCCACUUCCCAGAUGCUGAUGUUCUCUGCAUACCUGGCAGUUGUAGUUGCACUUUACCUCGUUCCCCUCACCAUCUCCUCCCCCUGCAUCAUGGAGAAGAAGGCCCUGGGACCCAAGCCAGCCAUCCUGGGGCACCGAGGGGCCCCCAUGCUGGCACCAGAAAACACUCUGAUGUCCUUCCAGAAGGCAGUGGAGCAGAAGGUGUAUGGAGUCCAGGCUGAUGUGGUGUUGAGCUAUGAUGGGGUGCCCUUUCUGAUGCAUGACAAGACUCUCAGGAGAACAACAAACGUGGAGGAGGUGUUUCCAGAGCGGGCCUACGAGCACUCCUCCAUGUUCAACUGGACUGACCUGGAAAAGCUCAACGCCGGAGAGUGGUUCCUGCAGAAUGACCCUUUCUGGACAGCAGGGUCUUUCUCUAGGGCUGACUACUUGGAGGCUGCCAACCAGUCAGUCUGCAAGCUGGAAGAUAUGCUGGAGGUGAUCAAGGACAACACAUCCCUCAUCCUGAACUUCCAGGACCUGCCAGCAGCUCAUCCCUACUACAGCACCUACAUCAACAUCACCCUGGAAACCAUCCUGGCGUCGGGAAUUCAGCAGCAGGCUGUGAUGUGGCUGCCAGACACGGAGAGGCAGCUGGUCAGACAGGUGGCUCCGGGUUUCCAGCAGACUUCUGGGCUAAAGCUGGACGCAGAGCGCCUGAGGGAGAAGGGCAUCGUGAAGCUCAACCUGCGCUACACCAAGGUCACCAGCGAGGAUGUCAGGGACUACACCAUGGCCAACCUGAGUGUGAACCUGUACACGGUGAACGAGCCCUGGCUGUUCUCCAUCCUGUGGUGCGCCGGCGUCCCCUCGGUCACCUCCGACAGCUCCCACGUCCUCCAAAAGGUGCCUUUCCCCAUCUGGCUCAUGCCUCCAGAGGAGUACCACCUAAUCUGGAUCACGUCUGAUCUCAUUUCAUUUCUCGUAAUUGUAGGAGUUUUUAUAUUCCAGAACUAUCACAUGAUCAGGUGGCGCCUGGGAAGCAUCAGGACCUACAACCCGGAGCAGAUCAUGCUCAGCGCUGCCGUGCGCCGCUCCAGCCAGGACGUCAAGAUCAUGAAGGAGAAGCUGAUCUUCUCAGAGAUCAACAACGGCGUGGAGACCACGGACGAGCUGUCCUUCUGCUCGGAGAAUGGCUUUGCCAACGAGAUGGUGACGCCCACGGAUCACCGGGACACCAAGCUGCGGCUGAGCUGAGGGCUCUGCUCCGGCCCCGCGCUCCGGCAGCGAGAGCCGUGCUCUCCUGCUUCCCUGGGAUGGGAACCUCUGAGGAACUGCUGCUCAGGCAGAAACCCGCUCCCACUCCCCACCACUGGCUGCUCCACCUCCCUGGUUGUGAGGCUUGGGGGGCUUAUUUUUGUAAAUAUGUAGAAAAUCUUGAUUUUUUUUUUGUCUUUUUUUUUUUUGUUUGAGUGUAAUUUUUCCAGGGCAUGAGUGGGAAAACCGUGUUCAUUAAAUCCUCAACCUUAUGGCUGAAGUUCUUUGAAUCUUGAUGUGAGAGCCUGAGUCCCCCUGGGGGUUUGGGAGCCACACGUUGGAUGUGUGCCCCCUUCCUCCCCCUCUCCCUACUCCAGUCCUUCCCCUGGUGCAGCGACUGUGUAGCUGAAUGUUGUGAUGUUCUUGUGACGUGUUGGUUUUGUUAUGGUUUCUUUUCUUUUGUUUUCCCCUCGUUCCCUUUUUCCUGGGCAAUGAAAUGGUAGCUCUGGUGCAGCAGGAGGCUGUUGGGAGAAGAGAAGCUUGCCAAGGAGGGGAAUUCACGCUGCUCUUCCCUGCUGAGGUUCAGAGCCAGGGAAGGGCUUGCACUGGCUCAGUCACUUGGGCACCUGCUCCUUGUCCCAUCCUCAUUCCCCACAGCCUGGAUGCUCGAUGCCUUCUUGGAAUGUCCUGCAGAGUUUUGAAGGCAAAUCCUGAGCAUUGGUCUUAGAUUGGGCUCUGCUGGCAGCAGUUUUUAUUUUUUUUUCCCUUUUUUUUCUCUCUUCUCCCCAAGCUGGGCUGUGGUGGGAGCCCGGGUGGCUCGUGACAAGAAUGCCAUGGGCACCAUCCCUGCUGGGGUCUGGCUGAAGUGCCUGCCACUCCAAGUGGCAUUUGCAGUCACUCCUUGCUUCCCUGCUGGAAGAGGAGGUGGUGGUGCACUGGGAUCUCCCCCCUCUCUGGACCAAGGGUGGAGAAGUUGUAAAUAGUCUGGAAGGUGAAGCAGCCCCAGGAUAUAAUUUAUUCCUGCAAGGAGACCUUUGCUUUGCAGAUGCUGACGGGCUCUGAAGGCAGAGGCUCCCAUCAGCAAGUGCCCAAUGCAAAAGGCUUUAGCCCAGAAUCUUAGACCAGGGGUUCAAAGUAAAAAAGAAUGGUAAAAAAUAAAGAUACAGAGGAGAAGACAGUCUGGGGGAUGCUGAUAUACAUAUUGCACACCCAAAGCCAUGAGAGAAACAGCCUUGAGCAGUUUGUUCUUGAUUUGGAACUGCUCUGUCCUUCUCAGGUGAAAUCCAGUGGCAUUUUGAAACCCUGAAGGUUGGGCUUAGUAUGUAAGAGUUGGGGGCAAAAGUGGGUGACUGACUUAACUAUAUGAAAAAAACACGUUGAUAAUGGCAGUGUGAAUUUUGAUGCUCUAAAAAGCAGCACCUAAAAUCAAGACUUCACUCCUUUGCACCUCCCCUGGGUUUUUGUGAAUGUAAGUGGAAUAAGCCCCUGGUCCCUGUCACCUUCCCCAAGCACUGUCCUCCAUGGUACUCUUAAUAGAGUGAAAUGCAGUGUGUCCUGUUCUGCAGAACUGCAAGGUUUUUGGUGGAUUUGAAGGCAUUUUGAGAAUUAAAUUGCUUCUCCCUUUGAUGUGGUGCUGUAUUGGAACAUUCCUGGUGGAUUGUCAUUGCCAAGUGAGAGAUGUUGUUAAACCUCAGCAUCUGUUGGUGAUCACCUGCAUGUUCUGCUUCUAUCCUUGGAGAUGACUUUAUUGAAAGGUUAAGUGCUUAAAAGCUUGGAAGUUAUAAAAGCAAACCAACAAAGAGUUGUUUUUGCAAUUAACUUUUUUUUCCAACUUUUUUUUUUUUUUUUUUUUAAUGACAAGACCCAAAUUUCCUGCAUAAUGCACUGACUGUUGUUGUCCUGAAUAAAUGCUAUUUUUUUUUUUUAAAAAGAAGAGGAUGAUACUUUUUUGAUGAGACUAGAGCUAGACCAAAAUAAACUCUGCAAUGCUCUGUGAAAUAAACUGUCAGUAUUCCCCUGCCA